AUGGAGUAUCACAAGAGACGUUCUCUCAAUUAUUUCCUUCAGAGGACACAAACAACUCUAAAAACCAUUGUCGAUUCCUUCGCCCAAGUGGAAGAAGGGUUGAAAAAUUCAUAUGAUUCACUUGAUUCUAAGUGGCAGAGUGGAAAAGAUGGGUUCUUGGAGCGGAUGAUUAUUGAUGGCUGUUUCAUGCUGGAAAAUUUCCGGGCCCUUGACACUCCGGACUAUUAUGACGCCAAGGAUCCUACUUUCGGCAAUCACGGGAAGCUCUAUUUCUGGCCGUUUAUCAGACGGGAAAUGUUGCUGCUUGAAAAUCAACUGCCCAUGCUUGUUCUUGAAAUGCUUCUAGAAAUCACCGGGAGAUUCGACGAUGCCACGAUAAAUCCUUUUUUUUUUUUUUCCAGCCUUUCAGUAACGG